AUGCUUUCAAGGCGCGCAUUGCGAUCAAGCCGCCUGGCGGCCGGCAUGCUCGGUUAUACGCCGGCCGCUUCCAACAGAGCCCCCAUCGGCAUCGGGCGGUCAUUCGCCACCGAAGCAGUCAUUCCGCCAAUGCACCGAACUUCGCCAAGCCAUAAAAUAGUCAUUGUCGGCGGCGGCACGGCCGGCCUCGCUGUCAGCCAUCAACUUCUGCGGUCUGGUCGGUUUGCGACAGACGAUAUUGCCGUGGUCGAUCCGGCUACAUGGCAUCACUAUCAGCCUGGCUGGACACUCGUCGGUGGAGGCCUGAAGAAGAAGGAAGAUCUGCGCUCUGCUCUGGAUACGCUGGUUGACAAGGAAAUUAAGCUGUACAACGACUCAGUCGCGACUUUCAACCCCGAGGACAACUUGAUCACUUUGAGCAACGGUCAUCAGAUCGGCUACAAUCACCUCGUUGUAGUCCCGGGCAUCACUAUGAAAUAUGACCAGAUCAAGGGCCUUUCAGAGGCUCUCGCUGAUCCUCAUUCUCCGGUUUCUACUAUAUACAGCUACCAGACCUGCGACAAGGUGGAUCGAACUAUCGCCAAGUUCCGUAAAGGAAAUGCGAUUUUCUCCCAGCCCGCUGGCAUUGUGAAAUGUGCCGGUGCUCCGCAGAAGAUCCUGUGGAUGGCUGUGGAUAAAUGGACACAGGCAGGCCUGUUCCGACCACUCGACCCAGGCGCCUCGCCGAUCAAGAUUAGCUUUGCCACGGGCCUUCCGGUCAUGUUCGGCGUCCCCAAGUAUAGCAAGAAGCUGGACAAGCUUCGCACGGAGCGCGGUGUGGAAGGCCUCUUCCAGCAUGAUCUCGUUGAGAUCAACGGCGACAAAGCGAUCUUCACACUGCCUGACGGCGAAAAGGUCACGCGACAGUUUGACCUCCUCCACGCAGUCCCUAAAAUGGGACCACACUCAUUCAUUGCUGAGAGUACGCUGGCGAAUGAGGUCGGGCUGGUCGAUGUCGACGAGCAUACGACACGCCACAAGAGGUUCUCAAACGUCUGGUCGAUUGGAGAUGCUUCCGCCUUGCCUACAUCUAAGACAGCGGCUGCAAUUACUUCUCAGGCCCCAGUCUUGGUCUCGAACAUCUUGCGGACUCUUGACGGAAAGGAACUGGACGCUUCCUACGACGGAUAUACUUCCUGCCCUCUGAUAACCGAGUACGGCAAGGUGAUGCUGACAGAGUUCAGAUAUGGAGCAGAGGUCAAGGAGACUUUUGGCGAUCUCUUCGGCAUCGAUCAGAGUGUUCCUCGUCGGGUAUUUUAUCAGCUCAAGAAGCACUUCUUCCCCUGGAUCUACUACAAGUCCAUGGUUAAGGGCACCUGGGCCGGCCCGAAGGGCUUCAUCAGAUAG